AUGGUGCUGGGCGGCUACUGCGAGGACAACGCGUCGCUGGCGCAGGCCUGGGCGCAGGGUGGCUUCGCGCCCUGCUUCUACUUCACGCUGCUCGCCUUCGCCGCCGAGAACCUGGCCCUGGUGUCCUGGCGCAGCCCGCGCUGGUGGUGGGGGCUGCGCGACGAGCGCCAGAAGGUGGGUCAUGGACAGGGGGCAGCGGGGGGCUGGGGUCACAGGUGGCCGCUGCUGGGGCCCGGGGCCCGGGGCCGGGGCCGCUCCACGUGGCAGGGGCUGCGGCACAAGCUGGGGCUGCUGCUGCCCCUGGUGUGGCCGCGCGGCAGCCUGCGCCUGCAGGGCCUGGCGCUGCUCUGCCUGCUGCUGCUGGGGCUGGAGCGCGUCGUCAACCUCUUCGUGCCGCUCUGCUACCGCAACGUGGUUAACGAGCUGACCGCGGCGGCCCCGUGGCACGUGUUGGCCUGGACCGUCUGCACUUACGUGGCCCUCAAGUUCCUGCAGGGCGGCGGCGCUGGCUCCACGGGCUUCGUGAGCAACCUGCGGUCGUUCCUGUGGGUGCGGGUGCAGCAGUUCACCACGCGCCGCGUGCAGCUGCGGCUCUUUGCCCACCUGCACGGGCUGGCGCUGCGUUGGCACCUGGGACGCCGCACCGGCGAGGUCCUGCGCAGCGUCGACCGCGGCACCGCCAGCGCCAACAGCCUGCUCAGCUACGUGGUGUUCAGCAUCGCGCCCACCGUGGCCGACAUCGUCAUCGGCAUUGUCUACUUCACCUCGGCCUUCAACGCCUGGUUCGGUCUCAUCGUCUUCCUCUGCAUGAGCCUCUACCUCAGUGAGUGCCGACACUGGGGGGGUGGGGGGGCCUGGGGGUCCCGCGCCGUGGACUCGCUGCUCAACUUCGAGACGGUGAAGUACUACAACGCUGAGAGCUACGAGGUUGACCGGUUCAACGCCGCCAUCCUCAAGUACCAGAGCUCGGAGUGGAAGGUGAACGCGUCGCUGGCCCUGCUCAACCAGACCCAGAACCUGGUCAUUGGCCUGGGGCUGCUGGCCGGCUCCCUGCUCUGCGCCUACUUCGUCUCCGAGGGCAAGUUCCAGGUGGGCGACUUCGUACUGUUCGGCACCUACAUCAUCCAGCUCUACACGCCGCUCAACUGGUUCGGCACCUACUACAGGAUGAUCCAGAGCUCCUUCGUCGACAUGGAGAACAUGUUCGAUCUCCUCAACGAGGAGCAGGAGGUGAAGGACGCAGUGAACGCCGGGGACCUGCGCUUCCAGGCCGGCCGCGUCGAGUUCGAGAACGUGCACUUCAGCUACGUGGCCGGGAAGGAAAUCCUGCAGGACGUGUCCUUCUCGGUGAUGCCCGGACAGACACUGGCGCUGGUGGGCCCGUCAGGCUCGGGGAAGACAACCGUCCUGCGCUUGCUCUUCCGCUUCUACGACGUGGGCAGCGGCUGCAUCCGCAUCGACGGCCAGGACAUCGCCAAGGUGCGCCAGGCGUCGCUGCGCGCCCACGUGGGCGUGGUGCCACAGGACACGGUGCUCUUCAACGACUCCAUCGCCAACAACAUCCGCUACGGCCGCGUCGGCGCCACCGACCAGGACGUGCAGGCAGCUGCCUGUGCUGCCGACAUCCACGACCGCAUCCUCUCCUUCCCUGACGGCUACGACACGCAAGUGGGCGAGCGCGGCCUGAAGCUGAGCGGGGGUGAGAAGCAGCGUGUGGCCAUCGCCCGCACCCUCCUCAAGGACCCCGGCAUCAUCCUGCUGGAUGAGGCAACGUCGGCGCUGGACACAGAGACGGAGCGCAACAUCCAGGCAUCACUGACCCGGGUCUGCGCCGACCGCACCACCAUCGUGGUGGCCCACAGGUGGGUGGGCUGGGACUAG